GCGCCGAGCCCUGGGCGGGCCUUCUCGGCUGACGGCCUGCGUGCACUGCGCUUGCGCGGGUUGAGGGCGGUGGCUCAGGCUCCUGGAAAGGACCUUCCGCCCCUCCGCGCUGGCGGUGUGGACGCGGAACUCAGCGGAGAAACGCGAUUGAGAAAUGGAAAAGAAAAUGAAAUAAAGCAGCAGUUAUGAGGCAGAGCCUAAGAGAACUAUGGCAACAUCAGGUGACUGUCCCAGAAGUGAAUCGCAGGGAGAAGAGCCUGCUGAGUGCAGUGAGGCUGGUCUCCUGCAGGAGGGAGUACAGCCAGAGGAGUUCGUGGCCAUCGCGGACUAUGCUGCCACCGAUGAGACCCAGCUCAGUUUUUUGAGAGGAGAAAAAAUUCUUAUCCUGAGACAAACCACUGCAGAUUGGUGGUGGGGUGAGCGUGCGGGCUGCUGUGGGUACAUUCCAGCAAACCAUGUGGGGAAGCACAUGGAUGAGUACGACCCCGAGGACACGUGGCAGGAUGAAGAGUACUUCGGCAGCUAUGGAACUCUGAAACUCCACUUGGAAAUGUUGGCAGACCAGCCGCGAACAACUAAAUACCACAGUGUCAUCCUGCAGAAUAAAGAGUCCCUGACAGAUAAGGUCAUCCUGGACGUGGGCUGUGGAACUGGAAUCAUCAGUCUCUUCUGUGCACACUAUGCGCGGCCUAAAGCGGUGUACGCAGUGGAGGCCAGUGAGAUGGCACAGCACACGGGGCAGCUGGUCCUGCAGAAUGGCUUUGCCGACAUCAUCACCGUGUUCCAGCAGAAGGUGGAGGAUGUGGUGCUGCCCGAGAAGGUGGACGUGCUGGUGUCUGAGUGGAUGGGGACCUGCCUGCUGAGGUGCUAGUUCUGGUGCCCACACGCACACACACAAAACCAUCAACUCUUCUGGAUUCCUUGGUUUUAAAGCUUGCCUCAUACAAAGUACAGAGACAUCUUUUUCAGUAAACAUUACCGCCACAUGCUUGAAGGACUGCUUAUGGCUACACUUAGACAUCUCCAAUCAAGGUCUCUUCACCUCCUUCUACAACAAUGCACUUUGUCUGCACUGAGACAAAAAAUGACAGCCUUUUUUCUUUUCUUGAUUUUGUUUUUUUUUUUUUUUUUGGUGUGGAGCAUUUCUGAACUUUCACGUCAUAAAAAAAUGCAGCAUAGUUAAUCAGCAGCUUGCACUUCUGAGGGCACAUUGACCUCGGGGGAGGAAGAAGGAGGAGGAGCUGGUGGGUGCUGAGACUGCAGUGUCCUCCUUCCCAGCAGCUGGACCCAGAGACCGGGCACCAAAUUUUUUUGAUGAAAUUAUCCUAAGGAAAUAGUCAAAUUUGUACAGAAAUUUAUGUUAAAAAAUGUUCAUGGCAGCACCAUUUAAAAUGGGGAGAAAAUUGGAAACAACAGAAUUGUAGCAAUACAUAUGGUCAUUAAAAAUUAUGUUUUAGAAAGAUUUUUAACAAUCUUUGGAAAAAGUUGGUGACAUGUUACUAGUUUUUAAAAAAAGUACAAAGAGUAUGUACAGUAUGAUUCCAAUUUUGUGUUUAAAAAUUAGACAUAGUGGUAACCUAGCUUUAAUUCCAGGUAAGAUGGAGAAGGCAUAUUCCUUUCAUCUCUCCCACUGAAUGCAGCUAUAAAUCCUGGAGAGUAGACAGGGAGAAACUAUUUGAGGACUCUGGAACAAAGACAUAGUAGCAAUCGAUUGGUGAAGAAGACAAGAAUUUGAAGUACGGUCGAAUAUCUGUGGGCUCCACAUCUGUAGAUACAACCUACAUGUAUUGAAAAUAUCUGAAAAUAAAAAUAACAGUACAACAAUAAACAUCAAUACAAAUAACACACCAAUACAGUAUAGCAGCUACUUACAUAACAUUGACAUUGUAUUAGGUAGAAGUAAUCUAGAGAUGAUUUAAAGUCUGUCGGAGGAUGUAUGUAGCCUGUAUGUAAAAACCACGUUAUUUUAUUUGGGGGACUUGAGCAUCCAAGGAUUUGAAUAUCCACGGGGAUCCUGGAACAAGUCCCCCAUAGACACCAAGGAACAGCUGUAUUCCUGAAACAGUCUUGAGUUACCAUUUUCCUUCUUCUCCCUCUGUGUACAUACAUAGAGUGAGAAGCAAAGAAGGUCCAUGAAAUGGACCAAUUCUUUUGAAAACUGCAAAUUACCACAGUUCAUCUAACAUGAAAUAGAUAACCUGAAUGGUCUAAUAACUAGUAAAGAUAUUGAAUUAAUACUUUAAAAACCUGAAAGGUAAAUCUCUAGCCUAAAUGAUUUCACUGGUGAAUUCUAUCAACACAUUUAAUGAAGAAAAAACUCCAAUUCUAAACAACUUUCAGAAAAGAAGAGGGAACACUUCCUCACUCAUUAUAUGACGUAAGCAUUGCCCUAAUACCAAAACCAGUGUUAACACAAAAUAUGAAAACUACAGACCAAUAACCCUCAUGAACAUAAAUGUAAAAAUCCUCAAGAAAACAUUAGCAAAUUUAAACCAGCAGGAUAUAAAAGGAAUAAUAAUACACCAUAACAAAAAAACUAUCCUUGGAAUGCAAGGCUGGUUCAAUAUUUGAAAAUCAAUCAGUGUAAUCUACCAUAUUAACAGUCUGAAGAAGAAAAAUCAUGAUUGUAUCAAUACAGAAAAAAAUUGACAAAAUUCAACAUCAGUUCAUGAUAAAAUUCUCAGCAAACUAGAAAUGGAAGGAAAUUUAACAUGACAUAGGACAUCUACAAAAAAACCUACAGAAAAUCCUAAGGAAUCUGUGAGAAAAUUUCCUAAAACUAAUAAGUGAGUUUAACAAGAUCACAGAGUGCAAGGUCAUCAUACAGAAGUCAUUUUUAUAUCUUAGCAAUGUACAAUUAGAAAUUAAAGAAUAUCAUUUACAGUAGCUUCAAAAAUAUGAAAGGCUUAGAAAUCUAACCAAACGUGAUGUGGAUGCUGAAAAUGAUGAGAUGAUAAUGAAAGAAAUCCCAGAAAACCUAAAUAAAUGGAGAGAUAAGGCUCAACCUAGUAAAGUUGUAUGUUCUUUUUAAAUUUAUCUGUAGACUUAAUAAAAUUCCAAUUAGAAUCCAA